CAAUGGUUUCAAUUCAAAAUAAUUUUAGAAUUUUUAAAAAUCUUAUUUAAUUUCUAUGCCUGUAUGCAUUAUUUUUAAUGUUUAUCGUUUUUCUUAUUGAUGGAAUUCAAAACGCUAAUUUAAAGUCUUGGAAACGAAGAUAGUCACAAUGUUAGAAUUGCCUCGUAUAACGAGGGCGCUGAGAGCACACACACAGCUAGACAAGCCACGUUGCCUCAAACCUAACCCCAAUGUGAACAUACUUGUUAAACUACCAAGCAACAAUCAAAGGUACAAAACUAUCACAGACAUCACCAACUACAUCAUAGAGAAUGAAACAUCAUCAAAUAGCAUCAUUGACCUGCUGGAACAACUCCAAGAAGCAUGUAAACUCCUCACCGGAGAGGCAUCAAGUGAUGUUAUUGAGGAUGCAACUGUAUUCGCAUUGCGGAUGUUUCUGGAUCAAGAUAUUGUUAUGCUGAAACAUCUGUCCCAGCUCAAACAGAUGUUUGGGAAUGUUGUAUCAUCCACCGCUAAUAAGAUUUGUGCGAUUGUAACAAAAAUAUCAAACUUAAUAACAGAUGAUACCAAAGAAUAUAUCAAAACAGAAACAAAAGAGGCAAAACAAAACGUAAAGCUAUGGGGUGAAAACAUACAAUGUCACUAUAUCCCAUACAAGCCAGCCAAGAAACCAUUAGCAAAGUUAACCAAGAAACCAGCUACGGCUAGCGCUUUCGUUACAGAUUUCUCUAUGAAAUAUAACAGUCAGACAACAAAUAAAGAGAAUGUUACUACAUCUUCACAACCGGUUUCCAAAUUCAGCAAAGUCUGGCUAGAAACAAAAGUAAAGGAAUUGUACGGAAGCUCAAUUGACAUAUCGAGCACUGAUAUAUUACAAUCAAUCAUCACUCUUCUGAAUUCGCCGAGAACAAACGACGAACUACAGAAUGACCUAUUUGAGCUAUUGGGGUUUGAUAAGUUUGAGUUCAUUGAAGAGAUCUUGCAACAUCGACAAGAGAUUACUGAUAGUCUGAGAGCACCACCGCCACAACCUUCAAUAGCAGAAAUGGCGGCGCUUCUACCAGAAAAUAAAAUGCCGCAAUACUUAUGCCAAGUAUCGGUGCAAUCGGGACAAGAGAAAAUGAUAGCAAAACUUGUCAGAAAGGAAGAGAAAAAGGCUAAGACGAAACGGCAAGACGAAGAGGAACAAGAGCAAGAAAUCAAUAUUUCGCAUUUACGAGCUGCAAGAAACGCAGCGCUUACAAAGCCAGUGGUACCAUUUUCUACAACAAAGUCAAAUGUGGAUCCUAUACUCCGAAAGGUUUCAUAUGCUGAUACAAAAGUGCAAUAUCCAAAUGUAUAUGAUUCGUCCAUAAAUGCUAAAAAUUCUGCUGGUUUCAUCGCCGGCUUAAGACUAACGUUACCAAAAAAUGCUGCAAGAAAAGAGACUAAGGAAUACGAAGAAGUGGUGAUACCCAAAACCGAGUCUGGGCCAUUGGAAGUUGGGAAUGAACGCAUACCAAUUUCUUCUUUGGAUGAGAUCGGUCAAAUGGCAUUCGAGAAUAUCAAAGAACUAAAUCGGAUACAGUCUGUAGUAUUCCAUACGGCCUACAACACUAAUGAGAACCUUUUAAUAUGCGCACCCACUGGAGCGGGCAAGACUAAUAUAGCCCUGCUCACCGUGGUACAUCAGAUCAAGCAGCAUAUUGAAAACAAUGUUAUUAUGAAGAAUAAAUUUAAAAUAAUCUACAUAGCUCCUAUGAAAGCUUUAGCAUCGGAAAUGACAGCCAGUUUCGGUAAGCGUCUGCGAGGUUUAGGUAUAGCUGUGAAAGAGUUGACAGGUGAUAUGAAACUGACGAAGACCGAAGUUCAACAGACCCAGAUGAUUGUUACGACUCCUGAAAAGUGGGAUGUGGUAACUAGAAAAGGAGCCACGGAUACCGAGCUCGCGUCAAUAGUAAAACUGCUCAUAAUAGACGAGGUACAUUUAUUACACGGGGACCGAGGACCGGUAGUAGAAGCGAUAGUAGCUAGGACUCUACGCCAAGUGGAAUCCACGCAAAAUAUGAUACGAAUUGUGGGGCUGUCUGCUACCUUACCUAACUACAUUGAUGUUGCCAGGUUCCUCCGUGUGAAUCCAGCUGUUGGAUUGUUCUUCUUCGACUCACGUUUCCGUCCGGUGCCUUUGGAACAGCAAUUCAUUGGAAUCAAAGACAGCGGUACUGGAGGUGGCGGACAUUUAAGACAGAUACAAAUGAUGAACGAAAUAUGUUACGACAAAGCCGUCGAAAUGGUCCAAAAGGGCCAUCAAGUGAUGGUGUUCGUACACGCACGUAACGCGACUCACCAAACCGCGAUGAUUCUCAAGGAGUUGGCCCAAAAAAAGGGUCAUUUGAAACAUUUUGAACCGGAAGAUUCGGGAGGAUUUCUCAAAGCUAAGAAAAGUAUUGGAAGCAGUCCUAAUAAAAUAUUGGGGGAAUUGUUUGCAUCUGGUUUUGCUUGUCAUCAUGCUGGUAUGCUGAGGAGUGAUAGGAAUAUGGUGGAAAAAUACUUCUCUGAAGGCUAUAUCAAAGUACUCGUUUGUACAUCAACCUUGGCUUGGGGAGUCAACUUGCCAGCACAUGGUGUUAUAAUAAGAGGUACAGAAAUAUACGAUCAAAGUCACGGCACAUUCGUGGACCUCAGCAUAUUGGAUGUGCUACAAAUCUUCGGUCGUGCAGGAAGGCCUCAGUUCGACACAUCUGGCACUGGCAUUAUAAUCACCACACACGACAAACUAUCGCACUAUUUGAAGUGUAUGACAAAUCAGUUUCCCAUAGAAAGCAACUUUAUCAACCUUUUGGCCGACAACUUAAACGCUGAAGUCGCUCUCGGAACCGUCACCAAUAUCGACGAGGCAGUGGAAUGGUUGAGUUACACCUACCUGUUCGUUAGAAUGCGAAAAAAUCCACAGGUUUACGGCCUAAAUUACAAUGACACAGUUGAAGAACCGUUGCUUGGGACUAAACGACGUGAGCUGAUCACAAACGCCGCUAUGCAAUUAGACCGCACGCAGAUGCUGCGGUACAACGAACGGACUGGCGAUCUUAAUGUCACAGAUUUGGGUAGAACAGCCAGCCAUUACUACAUAACAUGGGAAACAAUGGAAGUUUUCAACUCUAUGGUCCGCAAGUCAAUGACGCAAGGUUACAUCCUACAAAUGUUGACCAGAUGUUCAGAUUUUCAACAACUUAAGCUUAGAAAAGAAGAACUGACAGAAUUGUGGAAUCUCAAAGACCAGUACUGCGAAUUGAGAAUAGACGACCCGCCUGAAGAUAUCCACUGGAAAAUCCACAUUCUGCUACAAACUUACCUUUCAAGAGGACGAGUUAGUAUGUCGUCGCUGCAAUCCGAUUUAAAUUACAUUAGCCAGAAUGCAGUUCGAAUAGUGCGCGCGCUAUUCGAGAUAACCCUCCGCAAAAACAACGCGUACAUGGCGGGGCUUUACCUAAAGAUGGCCAAAAUGAUGGAACUGCAGCUGUGGGACUUCUACAGCGACAUGAGACAGUUCAACUGCUUCCCCAACGAAGUACUGAAGCAUAUUGAGUACCCUAUGCUCAAACCUGAUCAGAUACGGGAUAUGGAUUGGCAAGAAUUAGGCGAUCUCAUUCGCAAUCCAAAAGCAGCUAGGCAUCUAAAGAAAUGUGCAGAUGAAUUUCCUUUGUUGGAAAUGGAAGCAAGCUUGCAUCCUAUUACAAGAACUGUAUUAAGGAUACGACUCACCAUAACACCCAAUUUCAAAUGGAAUGACAAAUAUCACGGAAAAGCUCCCGAAGCUUUCUGGAUUUGGGUGGAAGAUCCUGAAACGGAUAUCAUGUACUACCAUGAAUAUUUCCUCAUUACUAAGAAACAGGUCAUAACCAAAGAACCUCAAGAGCUCAUCAUAACAAUACCAAUAUCUGAGCCCUUGCCGCCUCAGUAUUACGUACGAGCCACGUCCGAAAGAUGGCUGGGUUCGGAAAGUGUUUUGGCAUUAACAUUCCAACACCUUAUACUGCCUGAAACACACCCUCCUCAUACGGAUCUCCUAGAACUUCAACCACUACCAGUCACGGCACUUAACAACCCGUCCUACGAAAUGUUGUAUAACUUCAGCCAUUUCAACCCGAUACAAACGCAGAUAUUCCACUGUUUGUACCACACGGAUAAUAACGUGUUAUUAGGGGCGCCCACUGGCUCCGGGAAGACUAUAGUUGCUGAAGUGGCCAUGUUUAGGGUCUUCAACCAGUAUCCAAAUUGCAAGAUAGUCUACAUUGCACCCCUAAAAGCGUUGGUUAAAGAAAGAAUAAAGGAUUGGAAAGUGAGACUGGAAGAAAGGUUGGGCAAGAAUGUCGUUGAGUUGACAGGUGACGUAUCCCCUGACAUAAGAGCCAUCAGAAAUUCCCAAGUAAUAGUGACAACUCCUGAAAAAUGGGACGGCAUCAGUCGAUCCUGGCAGACAAGGAACUAUGUCCGAGACGUUGCGUUAAUAGUUAUCGAUGAAAUACAUCUGCUGGGUGAGGAUAGAGGGCCUGUGUUGGAAGUUAUUGUAUCCAGGACAAACUUCAUCGAGUCGCAUACAUCAAGACGGUUGCGAAUCAUCGGAUUAUCGACCGCUCUGGCGAAUGCUAAAGACCUCGCCAACUGGCUGAACAUAGGAGAGAUGGGGCUUUACAAUUUCAGACCUUCUGUGAGACCUGUGCCUUUAGAGGUCCACAUAUCAGGUCACCCAGGGCGCCACUACUGCCCGCGCAUGUUGUCGAUGAACAAGCCGACGUUCCAGGCCAUACGCACACACUCGCCUUCCGCGCCCGCACUCGUGUUCGUCUCCAGUAGACGACAGACCAGGUUGACAGCCCUAGAUUUAAUCGCAUAUCUAGCAGCUGAGGACAACCCUAAACAAUGGUUGCAUAUGCAGGAAUCUGAAAUGGAGCAAAUCCUAUCGAACAUUCGAGAGUCUAACCUCAAACUGACACUGGCGUUUGGCAUCGGAAUCCAUCACGCUGGUUUGCAUGAAAAGGAUCGAACCACUGUUGAAGAACUGUUUAUCAAUCAGAAGAUACAGAUUCUUAUUUGCACGGCGACUCUAGCCUGGGGAGUGAACUUCCCCGCUCACUUGGUGGUAAUCAAAGGCACGGAAUAUUUCGACGGCAAGCAAAAGAGAUACGUGGAUAUGCCAAUCACUGACGUUUUACAAAUGAUGGGACGAGCUGGACGACCGCAAUAUGACAACGAAGGAGUAGCAGUAGUUUUGGUACACGAUCAGAAGAAGAACUUCUAUAAGAAAUUCCUCUACGAGCCAUUCCCCGUAGAGUCCAGCUUGCUCGAAGUGCUGGCGGACCAUUUGAAUGCUGAAAUUGUUGCGGGCACAGUACAAACGAAACAAGACAUCCUAGAUUACAUGACGUGGACGUAUUUCUUCAGGCGUCUGCUGAAGAACCCGUCGUAUUACAAACUGGAAAGCGUGGAGCCUCAGGACGUAAACUACUUUCUGUCCAAUUUGGUACAAACCUCGCUUGACGCGUUGUGCAACGCCAAUUGCCUCGAAAUUGAAGAGGACCAGCGUACAAUCCAUUGCACUUGGAUGGGCAGAAUAGCCUCCUACUACUACCUGUCACACAAAACGAUGGCGCACUUCCACACGAAUCUGCAAAGUAACCUCGAUUUUGACAAUCUGCUCCGACUAUUGGCUGAUUCGGAAGAAUAUGCCACGCUACCAGUGCGACAUAAUGAAGAUGUUCUCAACGGUGAACUUUCCCAACAAUGUCGUUUGCCAGUGGACUCGCUAACACUAGACUCGUCCAACGUGAAAGCGUUCCUCUUACUACAAGCGCAUUUGUCGCGACUACCGCUACCCAAUACCGACUACCUCACAGAUACCAAGUCUGUAUUGGAUCAGACCAUUAGGAUCAUCCAAGCAAUGAUAGACGCGUCAGCCGAAAACGGCUGGUUGGCAGUAUGCCUGAGCUCUCAAAUGCUAAUGCAGUGCAUCGUGCAAGCGCGCUGGCCGGCCGACUCGCCGCUAACCACGCUCCCACAUAUCGACUCACAGCAUCUAUACAUGUUCACCCACAUGACAAAGGAUACGAACAAGCCUUGCACGGUUUUGAAUGGGCUGAAAGUGACUUGUAUGAGGAAUUAUGAACUUUUAGCCAAGUAUCUGAGAAGGGAGUUCGAGGAGAAUCAGAUUGGAGAAAUACAUCGGGCAAUAUGCGAUCUACCCACAUUGGACUUGAAAUUCCACAUACGAGGACUAUGGUUCGACAGUGAUUGCGAACAGGACAAGCGAGUCAAACAACCACCUACUAGAGAGGACUGGUUACCGUUACAUGCUGAUCAGGAAUACACUUUCGUCAUCGAUAUGGCUAGACGUGGCGGGAACGCAAACAACGUGCUAUGUCCGCGAUUCCCUCGCAACAAGAAUGAGGGCUGGUUCCUCACCCUCGGCUCCACGGAGUACGGGGAACUGCAUGCACUGAAGCGAGUUCCCGCUAAAGGGACUACGCAUAUCACGUUCUACACACCUUCGAAACGAGGCCGUAUUAUAUACACGUUGUAUAUAAUGAGCGACAGUUACAUGGGCUUGGACCAGCAGUAUGACUUCCAGUUUGAACUCAUGGAUCCACUCCCGCCUGAAACCGUCGAGAAAGUGUAUGACACUAUGAAUAAAGUUAUCAUUGAGUGAUGCAAUGUAUAGGUAGUGUUAUAGGUAUUAUGUAUAAAAUAUUUAAAAAUAAAUUAUUUUUAUCAUAUUGUUA